AUGACGUCCCGCGCCAAGCGGGUCGACGCGUCGACGCGCGCGGCGCCGGACGCGCGAGAAAUCGGGGCGUUCAAGACGAACGAUGGUUUAAAGUCGGGCGUCUUCGUGCUGAAAUCCGCGCGCGCGGCGCCGCGAGGCGACGAGGCGUCGCGACUGAACGCGUUCGAACCGGUGUUGCGGGAUGAAACGCGCGGCGCGCGAGAGCGGCGCGCGGCGGCGUGCGCGCGGGCGUGGGAGGCGCUGGAUGGACACUGUCAACGCGUCGCCGACGAGGCGAACGCGGAGGCGUUCGCGAGGGUGAGGAGGUUCGUCCGCGAGCAGGGCGCGACGCGGGUCGAACGCGCGCGAGAAACGGAGGAAAAAAAUAACGGCGGCGAUCGACGCGUGCCGGUGGGCGUGGUGCUGGCGGGAGGGGUGAACAGCGACGAUCACGAGGAGACGUUCGCGGCGCUGACGAAAUCGUUGAGGAAGAGCGGAGACGCGCACGUGGCGCUGUUGCGGUCGAGAGAUCUGAAGGCGCGCGCGGGGGCCGGGACCGGGGGGCUAGGGGUGGCGUUUGGGGUGAUCAUGCGGCAGUUGGACCGCACGGGGGGGCAUUGGGGGGGGAAGAGCAUGCGCGCGCUGCGGCGAUGGCACGAGGAGACGUCGGGGGCGCGUCGAGACGGGCUCAUCGCGGCGUCGACGGUGCCGUCGCCGAUCGGGAACGCGUUGACGGUGUACAAUGGCGGUGAUUCGCGCGCAUCGGGAGAGGGCGACGACGUUCGCGCGCGGGGGGGGAAGAAGCGGGCGGCGACAGAUUCGCGCGCGACGUCGCCGGCGAGACGGUCGAAGCGGCGCGCGAGAGAUGACGUGGAGCGCGCGGGCGACGACGAAAGGACGUUAUAUCCAGUGAUUCAAGGUCGCGAUUGUCCGGUGGUUAUCGUCGUCGAGGAUACGGAAAGUUUCGACGUGCGCGUGUUGGAUUCGUUUAUUCGAAGCGUUUCGGAAUUCGUCUCGAGCGUGCCCGUCGUCGUCCUCUUGGGCUUGGCCACGAGUGUGAGUUCGCUUCAAGGGAUGUUACCAGCCGCCACGGCAUCGUUGAUGAACGCGCAGGCGUUCCAGCUUUGGGCGCCCGGGCAAAUGAUGGAGGCUGUGCAAGAGCGCGUGCUGUUGAGCCCCGAGCGCGUGCCCGCGUUUGGAAGCGAGGUGUUGAACGUUUUGCACACGCGCUUUAAAGAGCACGACUUUUCCCUCGCCGCCGUGCGUCGUGCGCUCCAUUUGCUCACGAUCACACACUUCAUGACAGAGCCGCUGAGCGCGGUGUUGCCGCUGCUCGCUAAAGAUUCGAGCGAGCCUUGCGCCGACGGCGACGAGAGCGACGACGAGUACGGCGACGCCAUCGACCAAUUCGUUCGAGAUCUCGAUCCGAACGCGGUGGAGUACGCGCGCAUCAAGCACGGAUUCGGUGCAAAGUCGAUGCGAGACGGGGACGGCGACUCCGCGUCUUCAACGACGCACACGAAGAGCGAACUGAGCGCGGCGCUGAAGGAUGUGUACCGCUUGCGGCGACGGUGGGCACUCUCGUUGCGUUGCAUUCAAGUCGCGUGCGCGGCGACGGAGAAAAAGUUCAAAAAGAGCGUGACGACGAUGGCAGACUUACUCCUCGACGCGUCGCGAAAAGGAUACUUUGGUGGUGCUGGAGAAUUCAACCCCAAGAGUCAAGGCGGGACGUUGCUCAACGUCGCGUUCUCGCGCAUUCGGGACGAGUUCACGACGGCGGAAAUCGGUGAUUUGGUCAAGUCUAUGCUGAAAUUCUUGGACGAUGAUGAGGUCAUGCGGUCGGCAGAAGGUUCGGAGCUGCGCUUUUUACUGUCAAACAUAGAGGACGGCUCGUUCGACGCGGAGGACGCUCGACGGCGAGAGGCGGCAAUUUUGGCAUCCACGCCGACGAACGAAGGUGGCGACGAACGGCGCGGUCUCGUCAUCGCUGCGUCGAAUGCCAAUGCAACGGCUGAAAAACUGGCGCACGACGAGACGAACGCGGAAGAUCAGCGACUAGCGAUGGAGGCAAUCUUAAACGCACGGAAACGGCGUGGAAACGGCGCGGCGUUUGCGACGAGCCUCACGCCGGCGCCGAGGACUUCAACGCGCGAUGAAGACGCCGCGGCGAACGAUGGUUUGGUACUUCCUAAGUCUCCACCGCGCGGUCGAAGCGCACCGGCGAGGAGUGAAGCCAACGCCCUAGCUUUGGUGACGACGACGGUGGCAACGGCGGCGAAGCCAGAACGACCUCGACUCGACUCGGCGAAAUCCGCGGCGGCGAAUGAAUUUUGCGACAUUCUUCGCGCCAUCGCGCGCAAGUACGGGAGUCACCCACCGGAAUCGAUCGAUGCGAGCGGAAUAUUCGUCGUCACCGACGUCGAAUGCGUUCGCGCCGCGCUUCAGGCGUCGCCUCGUUUGUCGUUGGAGAACACGCUCACGGAUCCGAGCGAGCUGCUGCGAUGCGCGUGCUGUCGUCACGAUGACUACGCCUUGGCGAACGGUCGACGCGUGCCGGAAACGUUGCCUGACACCGCCGCGGCGUAUCGCCUACUCGCGCGAUUCGGCGAACGAGCGCCCAUAUACGACUGGUUUCAAAGUUUUUGCGAGAGUAAAGCGGGGUCGGAGAUGAAACGCGGCGAUGCAGCGGCGGCGGCUCGCGGUAAAGGCACGUUCGGUUUGCCGCGAGAAAAAUUAUGGCAGCUUCAGGCGCGAUUUACUCGCGCCGUGGCCGAGUUGGAGUUCUUGGGCAUCGCGCGUCCGUACCAAAAAGGUCGCAAGGGCGUCGAGUACAUGGUACGCACGGCGUUCCCUCUCGACAAGCUCGCGAGAGAUUCCAGGAGCAACGUCGUCGAGCGCUUAGCCAUCCAGCCGGCUUGA